AACGACUAUCGGAAGUUAUCUAUGCAAUGCAAGGACUUCGUGGUGGGGGUGCUGGACCUGUGCAGGGACACUGAGGAGGUGGAGGCCAUUCUGAAUGGAGAUGUCAACAUCCACUUGUACCCUGAGCACCACCGGCCAAGCCUGAGCAGGAUUAAACUCGCCAUCAAAUACGAGGUCAAAAAGUUUGUGGCUCACCCCAACUGCCAGCAGCAGCUGCUCACCAUGUGGUACGAGAACCUCUCGGGCCUACGGCAGCAAUCCAUAGCUGUGAAGUUCUUGGCUGUCUUUGGAGUCUCCAUUGGCCUGCCCUUCCUUGCCAUAGCCUACUGGAUCGCUCCCUGCAGCAAGCUGGGACGGACCCUCCGAAGCCCCUUCAUGAAGUUUGUGGCCCACGCAGUUUCUUUCACAAUCUUCCUGGGGCUGUUGGUGGUGAACGCGUCCGAUCGGUUCGAGGGAGUCAAAAAUCUCCCCAACGAGACCAUCACGGAUCACCCCAAACAGAUCUUCAGAGUCAAAACAACUCAAUUCUCCUGGACGGAACUGCUCAUCAUGAAGUGGGUGUUGGGUAUGAUCUGGUCAGAGUGCAAGGAGAUCUGGGAAGAGGGGCCACGGGAAUAUGUGGUGCAUCUCUGGAACCUGCUGGACUUUGGGAUGCUGUCCAUCUUUGUAGCAUCAUUCACUGCCAGGUUCAUGGCUUUCCUCAAAGCCUCUGAAGCACAACAGUACGUUGACCAGUACGUUCAAGACGAUGACCUCAACAACGUCACACUUCCCCCUGAAGUUGCUUAUUUUACCUAUGCCAGGAACAAGUGGCUCCCCUCGGAUCCCCAGAUCAUUUCAGAAGGCCUGUAUGCCAUAGCUGUGGUACUCAGCUUCUCCCGCAUUGCUUACAUUCUUCCAGCCAACGAAAGCUUCGGCCCCCUGCAGAUCUCCCUGGGCAGGACCGUGAAGGAUAUCUUCAAGUUCAUGGUCAUCUUCAUCAUGGUGUUCCUCGCCUUCAUGAUCGGGAUGUUCAACCUUUACUCCUACUACCUUGGUGCAAAGUACAACCCCGCGUUCACCACGGUAGAAGAAAGUUUUAAAACCUUAUUCUGGUCAAUAUUUGGCUUAUCUGAAGUGAUAUCUGUGGUGCUGAAGUACGACCAUAAAUUCAUUGAGAAUAUUGGAUAUGUGCUCUACGGAGUCUAUAACGUGACUAUGGUGGUGGUGCUGCUCAACAUGUUAAUAGCCAUGAUCAACAACUCCUAUCAGGAAAUCGAGGAGGAUGCAGAUGUGGAGUGGAAGUUUGCACGUGCCAAGCUCUGGCUGUCCUACUUUGAUGAAGGAAGGACUUUACCUGCUCCUUUCAACCUAGUGCCAAGCCCUAAAUCAUUUUAUUAUCUCAUACUGAGAAUAAAAAUGUGCCUCAUAAAACUCUGCAAAUCUAAGGCCAAAAGCUGUGAAAAUGAUGUCGAGAUGGGGAUGCUGAAUUCCAAACAACGGAAAGUUCGUUUUCACUCUAUCAUUCAAAACACCGAAAAUUUUUCGGGGAAGAACGCUUAUAACAAGCCCACAAGAUACCAGGUGACAGCCCUACCUCCCUCUGGAUUCUACUACCUUGGCCAUCUUCAACACACCAAAAUCAUGAAGCGUCUGAUCAAACGAUACGUGCUCAAGGCUCAGGUUGACCGAGAAAACGAUGAGGUCAACGAAGGAGAACUUAAAGAGAUCAAACAAGACAUUUCUAGUCUGCGCUAUGAACUCUUAGAAGAGAAGUCCCAAGCUACUGGUGAGCUGGCGAAACUAAUACAGCAGCUGAGUGACAAGUUUGGGAAGACCCUAAAUAAGGACAUUUGAUGGUGAAUACAGAAAGGCAACUGGUUUUCUAAACAUUAUUCGGUCUCAACCAGCAUCUUAGGAGGGCAAA